UAGAUUGAUUGAGCCAAGCAGGGAGGUGCAGACAGCUUGAGCAGUGCGGUGUGCCUUCAGCGCCAGCCGCCGGGCGACGAAUGUGAUGAGGCUGUGGAAAGUUCAGAUGAAGGCAAUUUAAUAAGCAGCUCAACCAAUAGCGUGCGUUGCCACACCGAAACUGGAAUUUUUGUCAUCGCCCGGUAGCGUCCAUCUCUUCCGUGGCAGAAAGCUUUUUUUUUGGGGGGGGGAGGCAGUAAUAAUAAGAAGUAGUCCUAAUCAUGCCAGCAAUGCUCGAGAAGAGCUCUUCGGAGGUCUCCGGCAAGCGGAGAGGGCGGAAUGCGGCGGCUCAGCAAACCAGCGCCAGCAAAAGUUUUGCAAAUGGGAAUAGUGGUCACUCAUGGGAAGAGGGCAGCACGGCGGGGUCGUCCAGCGAUGAUGAUCACGGCACCGGUGGAAUGCGAGUGGGUCCACAGUACCAGGCUGUUGUACCGGAAUACGAUUCAGAAGUUGCCAAGACGUGCCAGGAGAGGGAGAAUCUGGGCAUGCUGGUCUGGUCGCCUAAUCUGAACCUGUCGGAAGCUAAAUUGGAUGAGUACAUUGCAAUUGCCAAAGAGAAGCAUGGAUACAACAUGGAGCAGGCCCUGGGAAUGCUAUUCUGGCACAAGCACAAUAUUGAGAAGUCUCUUGCCGACCUGCCAAAUUUCACCCCAUUUCCAGAUGAGUGGACAGUGGAGGAUAAAGUCCUUUUUGAACAAGGCUUCAGUUUUCAUGGAAAGACCUUUCACCGGAUCCAACAAAUGUUGCCAGAUAAGUCCAUAGCCAGUCUGGUCAAAUUCUAUUACUCCUGGAAGAAAACACGGACCAAGACAAGUGUAAUGGACCGACAUGCCCGGAAGCAAAAGCGGGACCGAGAGGAAAGUGAGGAAGAAAUGGAAGAAAACAUUGGGAAUACCACAAGUGAUGCCGAUAUUGAGCGUGGUAAAGAAGAAAAGAAAGAGAAUGCCACUGGACCAGAGAAGACCGAAGUCAAAGCAGAAGUCAUUAACAAGCAGGGAUUGACACCCGAGAAACCCAGUCAUGUCAAAAAGGAGCCCCAGACAACUCCUGGUAAACACCAGCAUCGGUCCAAGAAAAAACCCCCCAAAGGAAUGCACCUCUGCCAGAAUGAUGUCAAGGCCAUGUCCGCUAAUGCAACUUCAGCAGUCAGUGUUCUUCGGCAGCUGGAUAUGGAACUGGUUUCAAUAAAAAGACAGAUUCAGAGUAUUAAGCAGACCAAUAGUGUCCUUAAGGAGAAGCUGCAGGAUGGAAUUGAUGAUUUUCGACUUCCAGAGGUUUCUCAGAAGUUCAAUGCCCGAUGGACUACUGAGGAGCAGCUUCUGGCAGUUCAAGCCAUUAGAAAAUAUGGGCGCGAUUUCCAAGCCAUUUCAGACGUCAUUGGCAAUAAGUCAGUGGUGCAGGUGAAGAAUUUCUUUGUAAAUUAUCGCCGACGCUUCAACAUUGAUGAGGUACUGCAGGAGUGGGAGGCAGAACAUGGGAGAGAGAGCCAGAAAAUGGACACAUCACCCGAUAGCACCACAACAAAAAUACCAGAAGAGGAGGAGGAGGAGGUUCCUCCAAUUCUUAAUAUGCGAUACCCAUCUGCAUCUUGAAAGCAAGCAAGCAAGGGGCUUUGAAACAGUUGUGGACAUUUUUUUUCCUGGCCAUCGUUUUGUAAUGGCCAUUGCAGUGCAAAAGCACCAGACCACCUCAGUCAGCCAUCCUCUCACGGCCUCCCUAGAGAACUGUAUAAGCUGUCACCAAAAAAAAAAAAAAAUUGGGAAUAAAGGGCCAUCUCUAGUUCAGUUCCUUUGUUAUCUCAAGUCAUCCUCAUGUACCCCCUGAACUGCUUGUUUACUUUUACUUACCCUCAAAGGAGACCCUUCUAGCUGCUCAAUAAAUAGUAAGCACAACUCCACAUUGUAUAAAGUUUGUUAGCCCCCAAAUCACAUCAAACAAGGAAUUAUUAAUCAAGCUUGAAGACCCCAGCAUAGCACUUUCAUGCUGCCUUUUGGCUUGCUCUCUGUGAAAUUCUCGUGGAGACUGAAUGGAGCAGUCAUGGGUUCAUUUUCAGGGAUGUCAGACAAUGAGAUAACAUUGCAAAAAAAAAAAUAAUAA